AGAGAGAGAGAGAGAGAGAGAGAGGACAAGGACAGGCGGAGCAGAGCUAGUGUUAUAGAGAGAGGGAGAGCACGAACACUCAACAAGAUAACAGGAGAUACGCGUGGGAACAGCAGCCCACAGGAAACGCAAAGAUAGAGAUAGAGCAGGGGAGCCGGUGUGCACAAAACCAACGUGUCAGAGCCUGUGGGUCUGUCUGUGUGUGCGUGAGCACAGUGUGUUUCCACGGUUCUCCUGAGGCCGUGGUAGCCAUGGCGUCAGAGCCUAGCACCCAGUCCAGGGUGAUGUUCCAGGCGGCGAACAAAACAGAGGAGCCGGCGCACCGCAAGCUGGGGAAGCUGACAGUCAAAUACAACCGCAAGGACCUGCAGAGGAGGCUGGAUAUCGAAGAGUGGAUCGACGGGCAGCUGCACCUGCUGUUUGACUGUGAGGAGGAAGAGAUUCCAGAGUUAGAGAUUGACAUAGAUGAGCUCCUGGAGCUGACAGACGAGGGGCAGAGAACCCGGCUGCAGGUAAUAUUGUGCAAGUUAGCUUAA